AUGACCAUGUCAGCGGAGCCAUGCAGCGUUUGCCAGCAAAAUUGUGCCGCAAAAUCGCGCGCCCAGCAUGACGUUUUCAUAAAUCAUCGUGGGAUUGACACAAAGAGAAGCGUUGCGGGGUUGUUGGACGAUAGACUUACGAGGAUGAGAAUAAGGUGUUUCUUGGACAGCAAGAACAUGAAACCUGGUGAUAGGCUUUUUGAUCAUAUUGAUAGGGCCAUUCUCGGUUGCAAGGUUGGUGUUGCUGUGUUCUCUCCGCGUUAUUGUGACUCUUAUUUCUGUCUUCACGAGCUCGCUCUUCUCAUGGAGUCCAAGAAGAGGGUUGUCCCUAUCUUCUACGACGUGAAACCUUCGCAGCUUCGGGUCAAGGACAAUGGAACAUGCCCCCCUCAGCAGCUUCAAAGGUUUAGUUUAGCACUUGAGGAAGCUAAACUCACUGUGGGAUUAACCUUCGACUCUUUGAAUGGGGACUGGUCGGAGCUGCUGAGAAAUGCUUCGGAUGCGGUGAUUGUGAACUUGCUGGAGGUGGAGGAAGAAGAGAAGCACAUGAGAAAGCAACGUUGA